AUGAGAAGCCGAAGCGACGCAGUUCCGCAGCUGGUUGGCAACGAAUCCAACCUUGGAAAACCACCCGCGCAAAGGAAAUCAAGGCAACGUCCAAACAAGCCAAUCUCAGCCGAGAGGCGUAUGCAAAACUGCAGAGCUCAGAGGGCGUAUCGUCAACGGAAACGAGAUAAAUUGAAAGAGCUGGAAGCCAAAGUUGCCUCCUUGGAGCCCGGGUACAAUAAGCCUGAGUCAGUUCCUAACAGGACUGCAGGGACGCCUCCAACGACUGCGGAUCCCUUGCGGAUAGAAAGCUCGCCAUCUUUGCAGACACUUGCUUUGACGUCUACUGCUAUCGAUUCGUCGCAGUCUUACAGCUUGAACGCUUGGGACUACAAUACCAACGUUUGGCUAGAUGAUCCAGCAACCAGUUCGCUCAAUGUUGAAAUGAUGACCUUACCUCAGAUCAGUUCCGACGAGGGCCUGCCAACAGUCUUAGAGAACAAUCCAACAGAAAGCUUCUCUGAUAUGCUUCAUAAUACUGAUACAAGAGAGUUGUCGAGCAUGGUCACACUGGACGCAUCAACAUCAACUACGGCUGGGUUUUCCGAUAAUACUGCUACUGCAACGUCGUCAUCCUCUCUCCUUUCUGUCAAUACAUCAGCAUCUAUGUAUUCGGCCUCAAGAUCGCAUACUUGCAAAGACAUACACAUCCAUCGGCCCAGUGGCAAAGCGCUCAUCAGAAACCCACAGCUCAUCCGCAAGUGGUUUCAAACUCUUCCCCAGUCUACGCGACGUCUCCUCGCUCAACUGGCCAAAGACGGCGAUUUCAGUUUUGUAGAUGUGAUAUCAUCUCUACUACUGGCUGAGACGAACUCAAACAAUAUCGAAGACCAAAUUCUUCAAGGCAGUGACCCAGAUAAGACGGAAGCACGACUAUCGGAGAUGAGAUUCGCCAUAUCGCCCGCGACAUCUUAUUCACCCUACCGCAAUGCACUUCGAAUCGCGAGAUUCUCUUAUUUCGCAGCUCUGUUUACUAAUUUUAGCUCGCUUGGAUUUGACUUUGGCCUUUUUCUUGACGAGCACAGUCUAUCUCCUUUCUGCGCCAACAGCCCAGCUGAAGACGCCAAUACUUCUACAGCGACGCAAGAUGAAAAUAUUCCCUUUAGCUUACGCCCAAUUUCGUCUCAGUAUACUAUAUCACAUCACCCCUACAUUGAUGCAUUGCCAUUUCCCACCUUCCGGCGGCGUGCCUUGGCCGCUCUGGCGGCGGAUCCUCCUCUGUUGGACGAGGAUGAUCUGUGUCUGGAUCUCAUGUUGCAUGAUGGGCUUGUGUGCUGGGGCUCCGCCGGCCAGAAUGGUAUGGAUUACGGCACGCCGUGGGAUAGCCACAGCUGGGAAGCAAAAGAGUGGUUUUUGCGGAAAUGGAAGUGGCUUGUUGGUGGACAAGAUGGUGAACUGUGGCAUAGCUCGCGGUGGUGGGCGGCACAACGGGGAGAGUACAUAUCUAUGAGAGAUUAA